CUGAUUUCUGUUCAAUGCUUUAUUACGAUGAGAACUGAAGUUGGAAAGGGGUGUGAAACUGACUUUCCACAGUGGAGAUCCUUGCUUCACUUGGCUUGCUCAAAUUCACAUUUGUAGGGUUGCCAACUGCAGCUUGUAGACACAAUGACAGACUCAGUAAUUCUUCGCGGUGUGAAGAAAUGUGGAGAGGAGAAUCAUGCUUUUGAAUCAGAUGGAUCAUGUGACAAUGAUAAGAAAUCAAGGUUACAAGAUAAGAAGAAAGGUGAAGGUAUUCAAGUUGGCUUCUUUCAACUGUUUCGAUUUUCUUCAUCGACUGACAUCUGGCUGAUGUUUGUGGGAAGUUUAUGUGCAUUGCUCCAUGGAGCAGCCCAGCCAGGCAUGUUCAUUAUUUUUGGUAUGAUGACAGAUAUUUUUAUUGAGUAUGAAACUGAAAAACAAGAACUCCAGAUUCCAGGAAAAGCAUGUGUGAAUAACACCAUAGUAUGGAUCAACAGCUCCUUCAACCAGAACAUGACAAAUGGAACACCUUGUGGGUUAUUGGACAUUGAAAGUGAAAUGAUGACGUAUGCUGGCAUCUAUGCAGGACUUGGUGUGGCAGUGCUUAUCAUAGGAUACAUUCAAAUCUGCUUUUGGGUAAUUACUGGAGCCCGUCAGAUACGGAAAAUGAGGAAAUUGUACUUUCGGAGAAUAAUGAGGAUGGAGAUUGGAUGGUUUGACUGCACUUCUGUGGGAGAGCUGAAUUCAAGAUUCUCCGAUGAUAUUAAUAAAAUCAAUGAUGCCAUUGCUGACCAAUUAGCCAUUUUCAUUCAGCGAUUGUCAACGGCCAUCUCUGGGAUCCUGAUAGGAUUUUACAGGGGUUGGAAACUGACCUUGGUUCUUAUUUCUGUCAGCCCUCUCAUUGGGAUUGGAACAGCCAUCAUCGCUCUGAGUGUGGCCAAGUUCACAAACCUGGAGUUGAAGGCCUAUGCCAAAGCAGGGUCUGUGGCUGAUGAAGUCAUUUCUUCUAUUCGAACAGUGGCUGCUUUCGGUGGUGAGAAAAAAGAGGUUGAAAGGUAUGAGAAAAGUCUUGUGUUUGCCCAGCGCUGGGGAAUUAGAAAAGGGAUGGUGAUGGGAUUCUUCACGGGGUACAUGUGGUGCCUCAUCUUUCUUUUUUAUGCGCUGGCAUUCUGGUAUGGCUCCACACUCAUCCUAGAUACCGAAGAAUAUACACCAGGCACCUUGGUCCAGAUUUUCCUGUGUAUCAUUGUAGCAGCUAUGAAUAUUGGUCAUGCAUCUUCAUCAAUGGAAGCCUUUGCCACUGGGCGAACAGCAGCUGCCACCAUUUUCCAGACAAUAGACAGGAAACCCCUUAUUGACUGCAUGUCAGAUGAUGGCUACAAGCUGGAUCGAAUCAAGGGUGAAAUUGAGUUUCAUAAUGUGACUUUCUACUACCCUUCUAGACCUGAUGUCAAGAUUUUAAAUAACCUCAGCAUGGUCAUCAAACCAGGGGAAAUGACAGCUCUGGUGGGAUCCAGUGGAGCUGGGAAAAGUACAGCAUUGCAACUCAUUCAGAGAUUCUAUGACCCUAGUGAAGGCAUGGUGACUCUAGAUGGCCAUGACAUUCGCUCUCUUAACAUCCGGUGGCUGAGAGAACAGAUUGGGAUAGUGGAGCAAGAGCCAGUUCUUUUCUCCACCACGAUUGCAGAAAAUAUUCGUUAUGGUAGAGAAGAGGCCACAAUGGAAGACAUAGUCCGAGCUGCCAAGGAAGCCAAUGCCUACAACUUCAUCAUGGCCCUGCCACAGCAAUUUGAUACCCUUGUUGGAGAAGGAGGAGGCCAGAUGAGUGGUGGCCAGAAACAAAGGGUAGCCAUUGCUAGAGCCCUCAUACGAAAUCCCAAGAUCCUGCUUUUGGACAUGGCUACCUCAGCAUUGGACAACGAGAGUGAAGCCAGAGUACAAGCAGCACUGAAUAAGAUUCAGCACCAACACACAGUCAUCUCUGUUGCCCAUCGCUUAUCCACAGUCAGAGCUGCGGAUGUGAUCAUUGGUUUUGAACAUGGUGUAGCAGUGGAAAGAGGUACCCAUGAAGAGCUGUUGGAAAGAAAAGGUGUCUACUUCACACUUGUGACCCUGCAAAGCCAUGGAGAUAAAACCCUGGAGGAAAAGAACAUAAAGGGGAAAGAUGCAACUGAGGGUGACUCACUUAAAAGGACCUUUACCAGAGGGAGCUACAGGAAUAGUUUAAGGGCUUCCCUCCGGGAACGCUCCAAGUCUCAGAUUUCUGGCCUGACACACGAACCUCCGUUGGCUAUUGUUGAUCAUAAGUCUACUUACGAAGACAGCAAGGACAAGGAUAUUCCUGCAGAAGAAGUUAAACCUGCCCCAAUUAGGAGGAUUCUGAAAUUCAAUGCCCCAGAAUGGCACUACAUGCUGGUCGGGGCUUUGAGUGCAGCAGUUAACGGGGCAGUCACGCCAAUGUAUUCAUUUGUAUUCAGCCAGAUUCUUGGGGCUUUUUCACUACCUGAUAGAGAGGAACAAAAGUCACAGAUUUAUGGCAUGUGCAUAUUUUUUGUAAUCCUGGGCUGUGUAUCCUUUUUCACCCAAUUUCUGCAGGGAUACAAUUUUGCUAAAUCUGGGGAGUUCCUCACAAAAAGGUUGCGUAAAUUUGGCUUCCAGGCAAUGUUAGGACAAGACAUUGGCUGGUUUGAUGAUAUCAGAAAUAACCCUGGAGUACUGACAACAAGGCUUGCUUCAGAUGCCUCUCAAGUUCAAGGGGCUGCCGGCUCUCAAAUUGGGAUGUUGGUCAAUUCCUUCACUAACGUCGUUGUGGCCAUGAUCAUUGCCUUCUUCUUUAGCUGGAAGCUCAGCCUGGUUGUAGUGUGCUUCUUCCCUUUCUUGGCUUUAUCAGGAGCCUUACAGACAAAAAUGCUGACGGGAUUUGCCUCUCAAGACAAACAAGCUCUGGAGACGGCAGGACAGAUUACCAGUGAAGCCCUCAGUUACAUCCGCACAGUUGCUGGAAUUGGAAUGGAGAAGAAGUUUAUUGAAACAUUUGAAGUUGAGCUGGAGAAGUCAUUUAAGACAGCCAUUAAAAAGGCGAAUGUCUAUGGAUUCUGCUUUGCCUUUUCUCAAAGCAUAACAUUCAUUGCAAAUUCUGCUUCCUAUAGAUAUGGAGGGUACUUAAUUCCCAACGAAGGACUCCAUUUCAGCCAUGUGUUCAGGGUGAUCUCUUCAGUUGUGUUGAGUGCAACUGCUGUUGGAAGAGCCUUCUCUUAUACCCCAAGUUAUGCCAAAGCUAAAAUAUCAGCUUCACGCUUUUUUGAACUGCUGGAUCGAAGACCCCCAAUUAAUGUAUACAGUGGUAUGGGUGAAAAAUGGGACAACUUCCAAGGGAAGAUUGAUUUUGUUGAUUGUAAGUUUUCAUAUCCUUCUCGACCUGACACCCAAGUUCUGAAUGGUCUCUCAGUGUCUGUGAAUCCAGGGCAGACGCUGGCAUUUGUUGGAAGCAGUGGAUGUGGCAAAAGCACCAGUAUUCAGCUGUUGGAACGUUUCUAUGAUCCUGAUCAAGGGAAGGUGAUGAUAGAUGGUCAUGAUAGUAAAAAAGUAAAUAUUCAGUUCCUUCGCUCCAACAUUGGAAUUGUUUCCCAGGAACCAGUGCUGUUUGCCUGUAGCAUAAUGGACAACAUCAAGUAUGGGGCCAACACCAAAGACAUCUCCAGGGAAAGAGUCAUAGCAGCUGCAAAGCAGGCUCAGCUGCACGACUUUGUCAUGUCACUUCCAGAGAAAUACGAAACUAAUGUUGGGACCCAGGGCUCUCAGCUCUCUCGAGGAGAGAAACAACGCAUUGCUAUAGCUCGGGCCAUUGUACGGGAUCCUAAAAUCUUGCUACUUGAUGAAGCUACUUCUGCCCUGGACACAGAAAGCGAAAAGACAGUGCAGAUUGCUCUGGACAAAGCCAGAGAGGGUCGGACCUGCAUUGUCAUUGCCCAUCGCUUGUCCACCAUCCAGAACUCAGACAUCAUCGCUGUCAUGUCACAGGGGGUAGUGAUUGAAAAGGGGACCCAUGAAGAACUAAUGACCCAGAAAGGAGCUUACUACAGGCUGGUCAGCACUGGAGCCUCCAUCAGUUGACCCAACUCAAGACCUUCACACCCAGAUAAUGCACCAAGUACAGAAGUGCUGCAGAUUGUUGUAUCUUUAUGGAGAGAUGUUAAAGUUUCAUCAACAUAGUCACAGCUGAGAUCUAAGCUAAAUUCUAAUGGCCUUCAGUAGUAAUUCAGUUUGAAAUAUCUAGAUAGAAAAGAAAGAUGCUAGGGUCAGUGUGAGCGCAAAUUCAAGGUCAAGCAGCUGCCUAUCUACCACACAGAGCUUUUCUAGGUAGGAGCUUGUCACACUCACCCAUGAAGAAGUUACUGAGCUGUCACAAAGUGAACGACUGAAUUCCUCUAAGACGGAGGAUUAGCUUUUGCAUUUUUUAAAGCUACACUGUUUAUUGAGCUGAAUCAAGGUCAAAUGUGAAAAGAGCUAAAGGUCAAAGGUUAAUGGUAUUUCUUAGCUAAGUUUUGUUGUUUGUUGCUGUUUUCCAUAUGAAAUCAAAUUUAUUUCUGUCUAAGUCUUUGAGUAAGGAAGGGAGCACUUUCACACUCUGGAAGCCCUGAGGCUGAGGGAAGGCAAAGGUAGGUAUAGACCAGCUGGCAGGUGUGUUGAUUUAGGCCCAACACUUAAGGUGUGGAUGUCACUAUACAAUGCAGGAGGAUCUGCCAGUGUGGAGUAGGGGCUCUCUACUAGGCCUUUACCCCGCACCCCAAGCCCAUAUCACCUGCUAUCUCUUAUUUCUAUGAAAUCCUGUUCAUGAACUGAAACUUGAACAUUUUACUUUGCUUUAGCUUCCCAAAUUAUCCAGAAAAAUAUCCAGUUAGACAUGGUAGAAAAGCAUUCAUGUUUGUCCUGUACCCUCAGAAUACCACUGACUGGUGUUAAAGGCACAUAGCCACAAGAAUAAAGAAGACAAAAUGAUCCCAGCAACAAAAUGUGUGACUAAUGGAAGUAGAAGAUGAGAGAAAAUUAAAAUGUAAUCUGUUAGUUGGGGAAAACAUGUAGACCUCCCAUUUUGUACUUCAGAUCCCUGGAAAAACUGAGAUGUAAAGCCCCAGGGUUCUUCUGGAGGGAGGAGGCAGAGGGAUGGAUGGGGCUGAAGUGAGACUAAUGGGCUGCAAGCCUGUGUAAAGUCAGGUGUACAGCCUGCUCUUGCAGCCACCUGCUUGCCUUUCCCAGUCACAACAGAAUACUGGCUACUUCCUCCUUUGCCCACAGGCAGGUGUGAGCACAGGGACACAAGCUGUAAUUGAAGAAGUAAUGUACAGGAGACAAGGGAUUGAACUCAAGACUGUAUGUGACCAGAAACUCUCUUAACCUCCAUCUUCUGGCAGGGGAUCAAAGAAUAAAUCUCUGGGGCAAUUGGUCAACAUAGGAAAAGA